AAUGUCCAUUAAUGUGGAAUGACCACAGAAAUCCACACAUAUAAAACUAAAAGUGAUGUCGAACUCUAUCAAUUGAAGUAGUUUGUCAAUUACAAUUAAACGGACAAAUAUGGAAUCUACUAUAACACUUUGGGUAAUUGUUACGUUUGUACUAUAUAUAACAUCAGUUAAUGGUCAGAUAAAUCGAUAUAUUAAUCCUCUUUGGUUGGAGUUGGAUGCGAACAGUGAGUACUAUCCAGGAGGGGAAGUCGUAGCACAACUAUUGAGAUCUUACGGAUUUGGAGACGAUUACAGGAAUUCUGGUUACAGAUCACAGAAUUACAGAAGAGAUGAUGGAUACAGAAGCUUGAAUUUUCGUGAUAAACUUCUAAUAAAUAAUUAUAAUAAUUUAAACAAUGUAUAUGAUUUUGACCAAUUGACACCUCAAGAAUAUCUCUCUCGAAAUUAUGAUUAUAUUGAUAGUACAAUCAGGAGACCUAUUCAAUAUCAAAAUAACUUUUUAAAUCAAGUACCCAGAAGAACUAAAAUCGACGUAAUACCUGUUUCAAGAAACUCUUAUUUACCGUCUGAAUAUAUAAACCGUAGAGUAAUACCCAAGUAUUCUAAUCUCGCUACUCCAGUUUUAAAUGAUCUAAACUCCAAUUAUGACACGGAAGUUAUGUACAGAAAUCAUGAUUACUCAAAUAGGAUCCUUAAUCCUAGAUCUACCACUACUCCAAUUACUAAUGAAGACAACAACCGUCAACAACAAAAAUCUCAAUAAGUUAUUUUAUUGUUAUAUUCAAUAAUUAAAAAUUAUACUAAUUUUAUAAUUACAUUUUAUUUAAUAAAUCUAAUAAUUAUGAUUAUUAUUUAGCGUAUAAUUAAUAUAUACGUAUCCGCGACUUUUCAGUAAUUUUUUAUGGCUUUUGAGUUUAAUAUUUUUAGUUUUUAAAUUAAUAUUAUUUUUAAUAUAGUUUUAACUUCUAUAAUUAAUUAGCCACAAGUGAUCAAUUUUUAUUAUACAGAUGUAAUUUUGAUAAAAUAAUAUACGUUUUAAAUACCUGAUUAUAUUAUAACUGUAUAAUUUACACUUAACUUACAUUUUGAAACCAAACAAUAGUUAAAUACUUUACCGUAAUAUAAAUGUACAAUAUAUAAGAAAGUAAUAAUCGUAUCUAGACAGAUUGCGGUUUCACAUUACAAACACUCUAUUUUAAAAUGUGUACAUACACGACAUAUAAAAAAAAUAUAAAUACAUUAUUAUUUCACUUUUGUUUCUACAGCAAUUGUUGUUAUUACGUAACAUGUUUAAUAAAGUAAAUUACAUUUAUUGGCAAUGACGAGAGUGAAACUAUAUUUCACGCCAACAUAAUUGUUUUCACUACCAUAAGGUAAAAUUAAACACAGUAUUAAUAUUUAUAUAAGGUCCUCAAACUGUUCUGAAUAAUACUGUAUAUUUUAAUCCACUGGGCAUUUUUUGUUACUUCAUUAUUUUGAAUUAUUGUAGAUAUAAAUAUUGUAGAUCAAUAACAACAAGGACGCCCGAAGGGAGAGACAAUACGUGGAAUUAUACUUGUCUUAAGAAUUUUCACUAAAAAAAUACUUACGCUAAACAUACAAUUCUAACUACCAAAUAUUUUUAUUUGAAUUUGAGCUUUUGAAAUGUAAAAUAGAUUAUACGGCAACUGUUACUAGGUAACAGGUUUCUAAAAAUCAAAAACGUUAUUGUGGAGCAGAUUGACUUUGUACGGUCAUUGAAUAGGGGAAGUAAAAUUAAUAGUCGAUUUAUUUAUAAAGUUAUU